AUGUCAAGCAAGCCUGCAGGCAACCCGCCCGCCGUGCAGCUUAUGCUGAAGCAUGUCUUGAAAGAGCUCGCUCGCCAUAAAACGACUUUCACGGCCACGAAUAUGUGCACGCCUCUUAUGGUUGGCGUGCAAGGACCUCAAGGGAGUGGAAAGACAUUCCUGACAUCGCGCUUGCGGGAUUUGCUCAUCUCUGCGCCACACUCUCUGUCGGUCGCCGUGCUCUCCAUUGACGAUUUGUACCUCCCGCAUGAUCAGCUCGUGGCCCUCGCUGCUGUAAAUCCGGAUAAUGCCCUGUUGCGCGGGCGGGGGCAGCCUGGCACUCACGAUGUUUCCCUGGGCACGGAAAUCUUGCGGAAAUUGAAAGACAUCAACAACAGCAGCGAGGAAGUCCUUCUUCCCCAAUUCGAUAAGAGUUUGUAUGAUGGCGAAGGGGAUCGUGUCGCUGAAGGGACACCAGUCCGUCGUCAUCUGGAUAUAGUCAUCAUGGAGGGCUGGUGUAUGGGAUUCUAUCCAAUUUCUGCUGAGGAAAUAGACCGACGAUGGGAGAAUCCUGUCGACGGCCUCGGGGAGCAUUUCUUUCAGGCGCGUGGGUUCAGAAAGGACGACGUCAAAGACGUGAACGAGCGUCUGAGAGGCUAUUUGGCGUGGUGGGACAGUUUCGACGCGUUCAUACAGGUUAAACCUGAGGAUGCGCAUCCUUAUGUGCAUAUAUACGAGUGGCGCCGGCAACAGGAGCACCAUAUGAAAGCCCUCAACGGUGGGCGGGGAAUGACUGAUUCACAAGUAGAAGCUUUCGUUGAUCGCUAUAUUCCUGGAUACGUCUUCUUUGGCGAUGGCGUGGCGCAAGGGGAGCUGAAUGUUUUGGGCGAAAAACAGCAGCCUCCGUGGUUGCAGCAUGGUCUUCGAAUAGAAAUCAAUGAAAUGCGAGAAGUGGUGUCUUCGAGUACAUUCUAA